ACGCCGCCGCCGCGGGUGAUGGGCUUCCGGCUGGAGGAGGGCGCCUCGGCCGCCUGGGCUUCGGGGGGCCUGAUCCGCGCCGCCCCGGGGGCCACGCUCCGCCUGCGCCUCUACGGCACCGGCCUCAGCAACCGCAGCUGGCCCUGGGGCGCCUUCGUGCCGGCCGAGGCCCCCUGCGCCCCCGCCGCCGCCUCCCCGCCGCCGCUGCUGCCCCAGGCGGCGCCCCAGGUCCUGGCUCAGGGCGCGCGGGCCGUGGGGGAGCACGCGGCGCUGGUGACGGUGCAGGUGGCGCCCGGAGGCCCCGGCGGCCGCUUCCAGCUGUGCAGCCCGGCGGGGCCCGGGCGGGCGUGGGCUCCGGCCGCCCCGGGCGACGCCAUCCUGGUGACGGAGGACGAGGGCGGCGGGGGCAGCGCGGGGCGGGUGUCGGCCGUGGCCCUGGCGCCCUGGCUGCCCGCCUGGCUGCUGGGCUCGCUGGUGGCGCUGCUGCUGGCGCUGCUGGCCCUGCUGCGCACGCUGCAGCUCAGCACGCUGUGGCUGGAGCCGGCCGAGCUGUACGUGCUGCGCGACUGCGGCUCGGAGCGGGAGCGCGAGGCCUCCAAGGCGCUGGAGCCGCUCCGCCAGCGCGGGGCCUUCGUGCUGUGCUCGCUGCUGCUGCUGGGCUGCGUGGCGCACGCCGCCCUGGCCGUGCUCUUCUACCAGGCCGUGGGGAUGCUGGCGCCGGCCGUGCUGGGCUCCGCCGGCCUGGUCUUCCUGCUGGCCGAGGUGCUGCCCUUCGCCCUCAGCUCGCGCUGGGGGCUCUCGCUGGCGCCGCGCGGGCUCUGGCUCACGCAGCUCUUCAUGCUGCUCACUUUCCCGCUGUCGCUGCCGCUGAGCAAGGUGCUGGAACUGGCCCUGCAGCACGACACCAGCACCUGCCUCCUGCGGGAGAAGAUCCUGGAUAUGGUGCGCAACAGUGACCCCUACAACGAGUUUGUUCGGGAGGAGUUCAGCAAGAGCGCCCUGCGCAACAAGACCGUGGAGGAUGUGCUGACGCCGCUGGACGAGUGCUUCAUGCUCAAUGCCAACGCUGUGCUGGACUUCAACAACAUGUCAACGAUCAUGCAGAGCGGCUACACCCGCAUCCCCAUCUACGAGGACGAGCGCACCAACCUGGUGGACAUGCUCUACGUAAAGGACCUGGCCCUGGUGGAUCCAGAUGACUGCACCCCUCUCAGCACCAUCAUCAAAUUCUACAAUCACCCACUCCACUUUGUCUUCAACGACACCAAGCUAGACGCUGUGCUGGAGGAGUUCAAGCGAGGUAAAUCGCACAUGGCGAUUGUUCAGAAGGUAAACAAUGAAGGUGAAGGCGACCCUUUCUACGAAGUCAUGGGCUUGGUGACAUUGGAAGAUGUCAUUGAGGAGAUAAUAAAAUCAGAGAUCAUGGAUGAGUCAGAUGACUACAGGGAGAACAAAUUGAAAAAGAAGCCGCCUGCACUUGGGACCUUGAUGGACCGCAGGAAAGAAGAUUUCUCCUUGUUCAAAGUGUCCGACAAUGAGUACAAGGUGAAAAUCUCUCCCCAGUUACUCCUGGCUACGCAGCGCUUCUUAUCCAGAGAGGUAGAUCUCUUCAGCCCAGCCCGAAUCUCUGAGAAGGUCCUGUUGCACCUGCUGAAACACCCCAGUGUCAACCAGGACGUCAAGUUUGAUGACAGCAAUCGCCUUGCUGCUGAGCAUUACCUCUACCAGCGCAACCAGCCGGUCAAUUACUUCAUCCUCAUCCUGCAGGGCAGGGUUGAAGUCGAGAUUGGGAAGGAGGGACUGAAGUUUGAGAACGGAGCCUUCACGUAUUACGGUGUCUCUGCCCUGACAGCUCCUUCUUCAGUUCAUCAGUCCCCAGUGUCCACUCUCAGGAUGAACCGUCGUGACCAGCAACAUGAAAGCACAGAGACCACCACUUACUGUCCUGACUACACUGUCCGGGCACUCACUGACCUGCAGUUCAUCAAGGUUACCCGGUUGCAGUAUCUCAAUGCUCUCAUGGCCUCGAGGAUACAGAACUCCCCACAGUCACCUGACACCGUUGAAUUGAAAAUCAUCCCCAGCAGCCAGACAAAGCUUCUGAAUGACAAAAAUGCCACGCCAGCCUUCCCGCUCAAUCUCUCUUUCUUUGGCACAAUUGAGAACUGCAUUUAAUACAGGCCUCUCUGCCAUAGUCUGGAGUGCCUUUUUUGUUUGAAAACCACAAGGGAAAAGCAGAAGCAAGCUCAACCUUCUGGAAGAGGAGAGCCAGAGCACAGGGGUCUGACCCGCUAGAGGCUUUGGGGGCAAGGGGUCUCGGGAGGCCCCCUCUGAAAUCUCGGUCGCCUUCUCCUGGAGUCCACCCGUCCUUCCGAGGAACCUUUCACUUUGGCUCCUGCGUCCCAGAGAGACUCCUGGAACUGUGAGGAAACUGGCCAGCAGCCUCUUGGGUUGCUUCUGGUGCUCUGACCCGGCUGCAGCACCCUGGACGUCCUCUGAGCAGCACUUGACGGACAAAGGGUGGUUGAGUCUGGGGGGGCGGGAAUCUCUAAGACUGUGAACAGCAGAGAACAGCCACCCUGUGCCUACGGACUGGAUUACUUUUGCGGGAGUCGGUGUGAGCAGGGACUGGCAAGGGUGUCAUUGCAACAGCAUUCCCUCUGCUCCACUGACUGUGUUGAUCUUUUCCUCCCCGCGUGCAACAGAUCUCCCUUCCACCCAGCGGUCUCAUAUGUACAUUCCACCCACCCUCCAGGCACACUUCAGUUUGUUAGUCCCCACACCAGACUUUCACUGGUGGCUCCAGCGCUUGGCUCUGGGGCACCCCCACCCGCCAGCCUCCCUCUGCAGCAGCUCUUGCGCUUCCUGCCUUUGACUGUAGCUGCACCCAGCCGCCAUACCAGGCCUGACUCCAGGACCUGAAACUUGCUCCUCCCACAUUCCAAGCACACCCACCUUGCUGGUCUUCUGAACGCCAGCGCCAGGCUCCAAGGGCAUUUGAACCAGCCGUGAGUCUCAUCUGGCGCCAGGCAGGGCAUCAAACCACCCUCCCCAAAUUGUGCCAAAGUCCACACUCCCUAGAGCCACAUGUGCAGCCUGGCUCUGUCUUGCCAGGAUUGCACUGCUCGCCCUCUUUCCAGAAAGGGGUCCCCAUGGCGAUCAGGUGGUGGGCUCUGUCUGUGCCAACCCAGGAAAUGCUGCUAUUCUGCCAAGCAACCCUUCCUUCCCAGAGGAUGCCUGUCUCCUGGCCACUUUCACCUAAAGUUUCAUUCUCUUCCCCCUU